AUGACUCGCACAGUCAACGUCGGUGUUCUCGGUGCCACUGGAACCGUUGGGCAGAGGUCAGUCUGCCCCCCAUUCCCAAAGCCAGAUCCACUUUGAUGAGCCUGGAACGAGUCUCUCGGCGUUGACUCACACGACUGACCUCCGCUUCUCGUACGGUGCAUGCAUCGCUGUGUCGCUCACCCCGAUUGCUCACAGGUUUAUCGUCCUGCUCUCUUCCCACCCCUACUUCAAAAUUCACGCCCUUGGGGCCUCUUCGCGCUCGGCGGGCCAAAAGUACCGCGAGGCAACGCGGUGGAAGCAGCCGGUGCCUAUCCCCGAUUCGGUCAGCGACGUCAUUGUACGCGAGUGCAACCCCAGCGAGUUCGAGGGAUGUGACAUCGUCUUUUCCGGAUUGGAUUCCGAUGUUGCGGGAGAUAUUGGUACGUCUUGCUCGAUCGAUCCCCAGAUCUCGGUCUUCCUCGGGAAACGCCGCCGCCGAGAAGACAAAAAUUUGCUUCGAGACUGAUUCUCCGCUUCCUCCCACAUGUCACAGAGGAAGCCUUCCGAGCAGCCGAACUAGCCGUCUUCUCCAACGCCGGCAACUACCGACGGGAUCCUACCGUGCCCCUCUGCGUGCCUCUCGUGAAUCCAUCGCACCUCGAAAUUCUUCCCCACCAACGCUCCUUGCAAUCCCCUCCCCUCAAGAAAGGCUGCAUCGUCACGAACGCCAACUGCUCCACGACCGGUCUCUCGAUCCCCCUCCACGCACUCGAAAAAGCGUUUGGGCCCCUCGAAACGGUCAUGGUCACGACGAUGCAAGCCAUUUCCGGUGCGGGUUACCCCGGCGUUUCCUCCCUCGACAUCCUCGAUAACGUCGUCCCCUUGAUCGGUGGCGAAGAAGAGAAGAUGGAAUGGGAACUGUCCAAAAUCCUCGGCGGUUACUCGUCCGAAAGCAAGGCAUUCGAUCUGCACGCCCAUUCGCCCAUGAAAGUUUCGGCCAUGUGUAACCGAGUCCCCGUAUUGGACGGCCAUCUUGAAUGCGCUUCCGUCCGAUUCGUUCAACAACCCCCUCCCUCGAUCGAAGAGAUCAAAACAGCCCUUUCGUCUUUCACUUGUGAAGCCCAAACGCUCGGGUGUCCCUCGGCUCCCAAACAGGCUAUUUACGUGCACGAGGAACCGGACCGUCCUCAACCGAGGUUGGAUCGAUACUUCCAGAAUGGAUCGGGCGUCAACGUCGGUCGUAUUCGCCCUUGCCCCGUUUUGGACGUCAAGUUCGUGGUGUUGGUGAACAAUGUUAGCAUUGGAGCGGCGACGAGUUCGAUCAUCAACGUGAGUGUAUUGUUCGAGACCCGCUGUGGGGUCACGUCGCAUCGGAGCCGGAAGCUGACGACCGUUCUUAUGACUGCUGCUACUUCACAGGCUGAAUACGCCGUCGCAAAGAACAUCAUCUAA